AUGUACGGUUAUCAGGUUCUCGUUCAUCUCGAGCGCAACGACGGCUAUCUUUCUGAUGUUGACCUGCUAAACCGAAUCCGCGGUGCUUUUACGGGCUUCGGUCCUAGGGUGGCCACCGUCGGAUACUACAACUACAGCAACAGAAUACCUGCAAAUUCCAUUUCCAUCGUUGUCGAAGUCAACAGGCCUGUAAGCCUAACGAAUCAAAACAGGCAGUGGAUGUUCGAUCGGGCGCUACAAAGGGUCGACGAUUGGAUCAAUGGAUACAACAUCAGCGGUCGGCUUCCGUUCGUUCGCGCAAAUGUCUUCAGGUGA